AUGUCAUAUAGUAUUAAAAACUCAAUGAAUUUAACUAUGAUGAAGAAAAGCAACAAUUUGAAAAAAUCACUUAACAAUAGUUUGAUUAACCAUACAGAUUCACCAAAAAGCCUUAAAACUGAAUCAUCCAAAGAAGACUACUAUAUUUAAAUAUCACCACGUUUAGAAACCAAAAUGUUAACUUUCACUAAUCAAAUUAAAAAGCUCAAAGUAAUCCAACAUGAAGAGGGCGAAAUAAAUCAAUCAGUUAAAUCACAAAGCCAACCUUCCAAAGAAAAAAUUAGAAAUAUUGUAUAAAAACUAAGACAAGAGUAACCAAAAAGUCAUUUUUACAACGAAAUGAAGGUAUCCAGAAGACUCAAAACAGAACAAUGAGUAUUAUAUAUAUAUAUUAUGUUUUGUUUAUAAAUUCACUGG